AGGAUUCCGCGCACGGGAAGCUGCGGUCCGGCUACGAUUCCGCUGGGCCGGCUUAUCGACUUCGUUCUCCAGAAGACCUAUCACGAGCUGACAGUUCUGGCUGAAUUGCUCCCGAGAAAAUCGGAUAUGGAUCGGAAAAUCGAGAUCACGGGUUUUGCCCACAGCACUCGUCUACUCUUCAUUCGACUUCUAGCCUUGGUGAAGUGGGCCGCGAGCGCGGGGAAAGUCGAAAAAUGUGCGAGCAUUGUCAACUUCCUGGACAAGCAGAGCAUGCUGUUCAUUGAAACGGCUGACAUGUUCGCCAUGCUGUCUCGCGACACGUUGGUGCAAGCGAGGCUACCCAGUUUCCACAUCCCCUGUGCGGCCGAAAUACUUACCACAGGAACAUAUUCAAGAUUGCCCAACUGCAUUAGGGACAAGAUCAUCCCGCCCGAUCCCAUUUCCGCCGAGAAGAAGAAAUGUGUUCUCGAACGACUGAAUCGCAUCAUACAGUACAAGCUCGUAACCACCGACUUACCGCCAUACAUGCAGUGUUUGGAGAUCAAGCGAGGCCGUGUAUUAUUUCGUGUUGAGAAUGAAUUCGAAGUUUCGCUCACUCUCAUGGGCGACGGGCCGCAAGUUCCGUGGAGACUCUUGGACAUGAGUUUCUUGGUCGAGGAUGUAUCAGCCUGGGAUUGUAGUAAAUCUCUGGUGCAUCCUUUGCAGAUUUCUUACAUCCAUCAGCUUGUGCAGUCCCACAUUUGUGAUGAUCCGAGACCUCUUGACGCCAUGUUUGAGUGUUUGCACUUCUUCUCUUUGAGUCUGCAACUGGAAGUACUGCACACGCAAACGGUUCGUUUGUGCCGAGAGCGUUUUGGGGACUCCGUCCGGAUCGAUGAGUACACUCCAGGCGCCACGCUGAAACUGAAUUUCUGGAGUCGACAUCUGCUUGACCACCAGCAACAACCCUUCUCUCUGGUGAUUCAUUUAAAUGAAGAGGAUCCGUGCAAACCUCUCCAGGUGACUCAUGUGCCCGACCUUAGAGAAGAGAAAGAGCUGAGUUGCAUCGAGCCCAAUAGCGGGUUUCUCUCAAUUGAGCGGCUUUUGAUCCAGACGAUACACAUACGUUCAAGGCAGAGACUUUCGAUCUUGAGAGACAACUAUUUUAGAGAGCUCUUGCCAUCAGACUUCGAAUGUACGCUCGGCUUGAGCCCAGCCUUGCUCCAAAUCCCUCUUGUGCAUCCAUGUUCGCCAUCAGAGAAACUCGUACUCACUGUUGAUACGCACACGGGAUACGUGCAAGCGUUCGUACCCCAAUACGACGAAGUCAAAGAUGAUGAGGAGCGACCGCCGAUGAUAGUGGAACUUCAAGAAAUCGUGAACGCUCUAGCUAAAGAUCCGAAAGCUGGCGGCAACCUGAGGAGUCGUCUCGCGUCGACGGUUCUGAAUUUGAGGCUCUGGAUCAUUCUGAAGCGUUGUAAGCGGUCUCUCCAACACCUCCCGGUGCUCGCUAUGGAACACAACCCGGUGAUGGCGGCCAUUCCAGACGGCCAUCCACUGAACAGGAUGGGGAAGUUCACUCUGUACGUGAAGCUCUGCAAACACAUCCAUUAUUACGUUGUGAUCGAGCUGCAAGCAGCUUCACCGUCGGACCAUGUUCACUUCAAAUACUACCUUAUGAGCGUUACAGAGGAUAAUCGGCUGAGCACUUUCAAUACCCUCGAUAAAUGCCAGGCUCAUGCAGGUCUUUCCAUAGAUUCAGAUUUUCUGGCGUCAUCGGGUAAGGAGCAAAGGAAGAGGCCGUCAUCGUUCCGAGCCGCCGUUGGAGGCGGACAUCGUUCUCCGAAGAAGCCGCGUUUCUCAGGGUAUCCUCUGAGCGAGGUGGUUAGCGUUGUCGCCGCCUGUGACGAUAGGCUGCCAUUCAGCUCACUCACUCGGGAGCUAGGUCUCCGGGGAAUUUGUCACCGAGGCGUCAGUCAACGAAUGGGAGGCGCGGAUUUGUGUGUGAAAAUUGCUCAGAUGCCGGCUUACGGCGUAGGUGGUGACAUUCCUGUCGAUUUGGUCGAAGAGCUGCGGCGCUGCCUGCUCAGCUGCACCUUCCGUUUACAAACGAAGGCGAAUUGGCAAUGUGAGCUCAUCUUCCAUGAUUGCCCGCUCAUAACGCAGGAAGAGCGAAAUGCAACCCGAGUGAUUCAUUUGAACUAUGAUUUCAGCCAUAGCAAUACUGGCUCUGUGGUGGACGAAUGGCUGGCGGAUUGGCUGAUGAUAGGCAAACUGUACAAAGUUGUAUUGAAAUUCGAGGCUGAUUUGAAAAAAGACGCCUAUGCUGCAUUGGUAGAAACUUUUGAGGUUCGAUCCUUUUCUUACCAGCGUCUCACGAUCGCUUAUGGAUCGGAGAGAACAACGGUGAAUUACACUGUGACGGUUUAUCUGGAGGAAAGCAGAUUUCGACUCGUCUUCGGCGUGGAUGGACCAGCCUCUGCGAUGAACCCUCAUUCGAUUAUCGCACAUCAGCUGUCCGAUGACUUCAAUCGGCACCAGUCGGUAGUUGAACUCCUCCAAACUCUGAGAGACACUCAUCGACCUUUGCUGUCACUGUCUCGCUUGCCGAGUGUCCCGCAGCUGGGCGUCAUUAAUUCUAGACCGCAGGUUCCUGUUCUAACAUUCAUGAUCAUACCUCAAUCAUCGGUGUGUUUCCGGCUCGUCUAUCGAGCCUGUUGCUGUUUAGAGAUUCAAUGCCGAAGAGGUGCUGGCUGCGUUAUAAUACGGGACGGCGCGUUCAGCCAUUUUGACGAGAGUCGUCACGUGGAAGACUUUCUUGAAAUCCCAGCUCUACGAGCGUUUCUCAGCAAGUUUUCAUCGAGUAACGAGGUGAAGAAGGAGGAGUCUGAUCCCCACCUUCCUGCAGUGCCUCUCCUCCCGGAAGGUGUCGCGCCGUUUCCGUCACCGACGGCAGCUAAGACGGGCUCGCCAGCGAGCGCACGAUCUCUAGGUGGCGGUUGCUGCGACGACAGUCUCAUCCCACCACGGUCCUCGCAGCACCAAACGGUUGGGCCGCCGUCUCUCGCGGCAGCUUCUCCUCAUCCCUCUCCGGCUACGUUUGGCGGAAGUACGGCCUCCCCGAACCCGUCAUUUGGACCGACGGUCGUUGUCAGUACGCAAUCCGCCCUUGCGCCGACUUCACCGCUGGCAGCACCGCUACCCUCUUCACCAUACUCUGCCCAGCAGCCGAACCUGUCGCCUUAUAUGACUUCUUCUUCACCAUCUCCUUCUGCUGCUGCUUCGAAUCCAUCGAGCUUGCCUGGACCCUCUUCGAACGAUCCCACCUCGCCGGCGUUCCCGAUCCUCUCCGCGUCACCGGCUAACUCCUGGCCUCUGUCGCCGGCACCUCGACCCUCGUCGCGUCAGCUGUUUGCAACGCCUUCGCUUGGAGGUCCUUCGUCGGCCGACGCUUUCAUGCGACCUCCGAUGUCGCGCUCGGCUCCCGCAGGAGGCGGAAAUUGGGCCGCCGCGAUACCGAUCGUUGUCAGUCACGAAAAUCUAGAUUUAUUGUGCACUCCGACUUCCAGCGGUUAUUCACCGAUUGAGCGAGCUCUCGGAUGCGCCUUCAUGCGAAACACGAUUCACCGAGUGUUGACGAGGGGCGACGUGGGUUCUGAAGUCCGCCACAUUCAGGAGGCUGGUGUAGUGAUCUUCAGACUCGAUCAGCUGGUUUACAGAGUCUGUCUCGAUCCGCUUGACAUGCAAUCCUUGCAUGUCAAAAUCACGCAACACGAAUCAGCUACGCAGCAAUUUUCUGUCGAAGACAUUCAGAUGAUUGAACGGUACUUCGACUCGAGAGUCGCCUCGAUCCCCUUUAAGCCGAACGCUUUCAUCUCGUUCACGCGCUUGAUGAACACACCGCAGCGAAUAUUGCGAGAUUUCGUUCAGCUUAUGCGUUUGGAGCUCUGUCCUUGCCUCAACUCGAGAUGGAGCUUCCAGCUGUGCCUUACGAUACCUCCGGCGGCGAGCCCACCAUUAGCACCGCCGGGAAUGACAUCAGUUGUCAUAAAUCGGAACCGAGUAUUGUUCUUUUUCCAACUGGUCCCCCUCGGAACGAAAGACGCCGAGCCAGUGUCUGCCACAGAGGUUCGCCCUCUCUCGAUUGUGGUGCCGUUGGUGUAUGAUUUGCAAACGAACGCGGUAUCACUGGCGACAGAUCGGAAAACCGACGCCGCGGGUUCUCAGAAUUCUCGAGCGCUCAAUCUUAUAGCAUCCGUCUUGCGCCGAUCCGUGGAGUACCAAAACAGAGCUGAAUGUUCUAUAUAUCCUCUGAUAAGAGAGCUUGUUACUCAACUGACACUCGAUUAAAUCUCAACUUCACUAUUAAGAGUCUGUAAAUAAUUAUGUGCAAUAAAUGUGUUUUAAAUUCAAGCGUGAUUCAA